UUUGUAUCCAGUUAUCUAUAAAUGAAUAUAAAUCUAUAUAUCAAAAUAAUUAAAUGUAAAUAUGUAAUUAUUUAUAACUAAUAAUAAUAAUGAUCAAAAAUUAUCAAAACUAUAUGUCUAGGGCUACCAUCUCCGCCGCUGGUGCCGAUAUCACAAAGUUUGGAGAUUCGACGGAGUUAUCUCCGCCGCGGAAGACAGAUCCGUUGGCGGAGUUGGAGGUGAAAACAGGGGCCCCACCAGUUUUCCGCACAAGAGAUCGGGAGGAUCCGGAGUAUUGGAGACAGCGAGAGAAGUUUCUGGAACAAUAUGAACAGAGCGAGGGUUACGAUAUUGAAUUGGACAAAUUUGACUACGAUUACGCUCCCAUCAAAUUCGAAUGGGGAGAAACAUUCGAUGUUGAGCGUAGCAAGGACGAGUUAAUGAAGCUGCUCAUAAAGACAGCAAUCGACGAAGAAAACGAAGAAUGUGAAACGCAACUUGAGUUUGUCAAGUAUGUGAGCGCAAAUGUACUAGGCGUACAAGGUUAUUGUUUUUAUAUAACGUUUUGGGCCAAAGAUGUUUCCUCGCCAGAUCCAGAGCCAAAACUUUACCAAGCCAAGAUGUGGAAGUAUCGUCAUGAGAUCGAGGUUAUCCAAUUCAGGCUAAGGCCAACACAAGAACGAUUUGGAUCUAUUCUCACACUAGACAUCCUCGUAGUUUAUAAAUUUCUUCAUCUCGAGGAUCAAACACAGACGCGAGAGCCAAGGCUCUGUACUGUACAAAUACCUACAGGAGAAAGCCAGGUUUUGAUGUGGGAACCACAUUUUGAUCCGCAUCAGAGCAAAGAGGAGCUGCUCAGGCUGCUUACACAGACAGAAAAUGGAACCGAGGUUGAGUUUGUGGAGCAUGUGAAAGCCAAUGCAAGGCCAUGUGCGGGGAUGAUGUAUUUUAUAACAUUUCGGGCAAAAGAUGUUUCGUCGCAAGAUCCAGAGCCUAAACUCUACCAAGCACAGGUGCAAAAAUUCUGUGAUGAGAUUUCGGUCCAUCUGAUGAGGCUAAGGCCGACGCAAGAC